AUGCAAGCAUGUGGUGCGGACGUAUACGCCUUGCAUGCACGCACGCACGCAUGCUCGAAUGCCAAUGUAUCCUACCUGGCCAUCAGCCCAGGUGAGCGCGCACCCGUUAGUCUACUCUCUUGCGUUUCCAGUCUGUUCCCUAUCUUUAUUUCUCUCUCUCUCUCUCGGCUCCCCUCCCAUUACCACCCUAACCCAUCCAACCCUCCUCGCUCCUCCCACCCCAUUAGUUCGUUUGAGAUGCAAGUCAGUGGCAGCACUAGGCAAGAAAAGGACUGGUCAGCCUUCAUCCCAAACGGCGGGUUCGGUGUCAAGCGACCGCCCCGACUGAUUGGUUUGGGUCCAAGUCCUACGGCAGUGAAUUUCUUGCAAGAAGAGUUGGGUCACAACCCAACACCCGAAACCAUCAAUUCCUCCUUCUUCAAUCGACAUCCUCAACUUUCCAAAUUUUCCACUCAUGGGGGAAAAGGACCUUCGCAUGCUGAGCUGAGGAGCGAUUUCGAGAUGAGAGAGUUAAUGAGUUUGACAGGAUCCCCAAUGGUAGAGGCUGGAGAUUUUGGAUGUUCACCACCAAAGGACAGUCAAGAAGGUAGGGCAAUCCGAGCCCUAGCUGACCUCUUCAUGUGCCCUGCAACCACCUUUCCUCUGAGUGUUGGUCUUUUCUACGACACCGUCAGCACUGCAAAUGCGUCAAACCAUCAGAGCUCUUCCCUCAAGCAGCUAGAAGGUGAAGUGCUGUAG